GACCCAAGCAUUAUCCACAGUAUUCAGAUCUCACUGAGAUACCUUUCAUCAGUUCCAUUCACUUCCGCUUGAGCAGCUGCGGUCAUUGCUCAUUGUUCAACCAAUUAUUUUCCUCGUCAUGUCCUGCCACCCCCGAGUCUGGUCAGCUGCCAGGUGACGAACCGCGCGAUAACUUCCGUGACAGAUCUGACAGGUACCCACAACCUUCAAGAUCUAGUUAUCAGUUUCGUUUUCGAUCUGAUCUGCAGUGUUCUGGGACUUCCCUUUUUUUUUCCAUGAGCAGCCCGUCCCGUGCACGGUUCCAUUCAACAACCCCUCAACUGUGGACUGCGCUUUAACGCUGAAGCAUCCGGCGCCCUCCUCGCCUCUCACGUCUCCUCGCUAUCAUCCCUAGCACCUUCUUACGGCUAUCUACUCUCUCCUGCAGACCUUCCAUUUACCUAGAUAUCGCCGUGCCUCCUAGACACCGCCGUCUCCUCCAACUUGCAACCAUGCCCCCUUCAGCACCCCAUAUCUCCAACCAGCUACGGCAAUUGGUCUACUAUCACCUUGACAACAACCUUAUUCGAAACGCCCUUUUUGUCGCUGGCCGCCUACAUGCAUUCGAACCGAGAUCUUCGGAAGCGGCCUACUUACUAUCCCUUUGUCACCUUCUAGCCGGCCAGUCAAAAGCAGCGUGGGAAGUCAGCAGGAAUUCUGGCUCCAGAGGUACACAUCUUGGAUGCUCAUACAUAUACGCCCAAGCAUGCCUUGACCUUGGAAAGUAUAUCGAAGGAAUCACAGCUUUGGAGCGCAGCAGGCCACACUGGAUUUCAAGGAAUAAUUGGAAUAAACACAGUGAAAGUCGUCGCCAGCAUCUACCCGACGCCGCCGCGGUUCAGUGUCUCCAGGGACGGCUGUGGAAAGCUCACAAAGAUAUACAUAAGGCUGUAGAUUGCUACGUCGAAGCCCUGAAAUUAAAUCCUUUUCUUUGGGACGCUUUUCUUGGCCUCUGCGAAGCAGGAGCAAGCGUUCGAAUUCCCAAUAUUUAUAAAAUGACGCCGGAGAUGAUAGCCGUUUUAACGGCUUCUCCAUCAGCUGAGAAUCUUGCGUCUUUUGAUAAAGAUUUACCAGCAACUGGUCCGCUGCAGGUACAGCCGCAUUCGAAUAACAACGUUGAUCCGUUUAUUUCUCUCAAUCCUCGGGCGGAAACAACCGGAAGCUCUGCGCUGUGGGAAAAGUUGAACGGAAACUCCAUGAAUGUCAUCUCAGGCAGCGAAGGCAUGGAAACGCCUAUUGCUCAAAGCGAUUCUGACGACUUCCGAACCAAUGGGGGUGGGGGAAUGGGAUCUGAAUCUUUUGGGGAACCGCCACUUGCGCCGGCACGGAAGCAGCGGUCCAUGCAGGUCCUGGGCCUCGACCUUGAUCCACCUCCCAAGAUGAAAUCCACUGUCUCGAGAAUGAAAACUCGCUCUCGUGCUGAAGCCGAAGAAGGGGUUUCUACUCGAGAAGCCCCGGUACCCCUCGUUUCCGAGCGUAAGAGAACAGUAUCUGGACACAUCGCACCGAGUUCAUCUACGCAAUUAACCGAGCCCGGGGCCCCGCAGCGAAGGAGUGUCCGAUUAUUCAACCAAAUUCGCCCAAGUGCAAGUAAGAUUUCUGCUUCGGCGAGUGGUCUCGGAACAAAGGAAGGCCGCGAUAUUAAAAAGGUCAAGUCCACCGGUGUAAAAACUCGAAGUGCUUCCGGUUCAACUACGACGAGAGUUGCUAGCGGUAGCCGUAAAGCGGUCACAGAGCCUAUGGAUAUCGACAGGAAGGAAAGCGCCCAUGGUAAUCAGAGUAAGGCUUCGCCUCCCGACAAAUCAAAAGAGAUUGAGGCUAUAGGCUGGAUUCUAGAACUAUUCUCGAAGCUUGCUACUGGUUUCAACAUGUUGUCGAAUUAUCGAUGCCAGGAAGCUAUCCAAAUUUUUAGUUCCUUACCUCAAAGCCAGAGAGAAACGCCGUGGGUCCUGUCACAACUUGGACGUGCAUAUUAUGAGCAAGCGCAAUACGGCGAAGCGGAGAAAUACUUCAUUCGAGUUCGGACCAUUGCACCACACAGUUUGGAGGAUAUGGAGGUCUAUUCAACGGUCCUCUGGCAUCUCAAAAAUGCCGUUGAACUAGCAUACCUCGCGCAUGAGCUCAUGGAAGUUGAUCGGCUAUCGCCACAGGCAUGGUGCGCGAUAGGAAAUUCGUUUUCUCUGGAAGGUGACCACGACCAAGCCCUGAAGUGUUUUCAGCGUGCCACGCAGGUUGACCCACGGUUUGCGUACGCCUUUACUUUGCAAGGACAUGAGUAUCUUUCCAAUGAAGAGCACGACAAAGCGAUGGAUGCUUAUCGGCAUGCGAUUGGCGCUGACAACAGGCAUUAUAAUGCCUGGUAUGGAUUGGGCAAGGUCUAUGAAAAGAUGGGCAAAUUCAAGUUUGCAGAGCAGCAUUAUCGAACGGCGUCGAACAUCAAUCCAACUAAUGUCGUGCUAAUCUGCUGUAUUGGCCUAGUGUUGGAACGGAUGGGAAACCAGAAGGGCGCGUUGCUGCAGUAUGCUCGAGGCUGCACUCUGUCACCACAGGCGGUUGUUCCACGGUUGCGCAAGGCUCGGACUCUGUUGAAACUUCAUGAAGUCAAACACGCUCACGCAGAAUUAAAAAUCUUGAAGGAUAUUGCACCCGAUGAGCCUAAUGUCCAUUAUCUUCUCGGCAAGUUCUACAAAAUGAUGCAUGAUAAAAGCAAUGCGAUUAAGCAUUUCACAACUGCCUUGAACUUGGAUCCAAAGGCCGCCCAGUUUAUCAAAGAUGCCAUGGAGUCGUUGGAUAGCCCCGAUGAUUUCGAUGAUGAUAUGAGCUAG